AAUACUGAAAAUGAAUAGUAUUAAACAGGGAUUAAAUUACAGCAUUUUUUAUUUAUUUUUUUCAGUUUUUGCUAAAUUUCCGAAAUUGUCAGAGGCACCGAGAGUCGCCGGGGAAUGACGUCAGGACGUAUCACAUUGAAUGAUGACGCCGUUUGAUCAUUAAAAAAAUCUGCCGUUAAAAAAUACCAGAGAAUUAGGUCAGCAAACUAACACAGCACCGGCGGGCACGUUGUGAAUGUGACUACCGUGUUUGUGGUUAUAUACGUUUUACAAAGGCGCGACGUGGGCUUGAAAUAACCUGCUCCGACGAGGAGAGAGAUGUCCGGUGUUUCCAGCAUCUGCAGACGGGGGCCGUAGCCGUUAGACCGGUCCGUCUGUCUGUCUGUCUGCCUCCCUCCGCUGGCUCUGGGAGACCCGCAAGCCCGAAUAACGUUAACGCAACGGUAGUCCCGUCCAGGCUGGGGCUGAAUGGUUAGCCGGGGGAAGGAGAGACACCGACAGACACCACCAGACAGAAGCUGAAGGCUGUUCUGCAGAGACCCAGGAAAUUACUUCUCGCCUCGUCUCGCCUGCCUGGUAGCAACACAGUGCACAUUUCAGUAGUUCCAAAAUACUGUACAUAAUUCGAGGACUCUAUCAUGUGAGCACAACCACCUAAGACAUGUGAGCCUCGACACUUCGGUCCCAGAUCUUCUUAAGCCCACGCAGAAGUAAAUAGAGUUUGGUUUGACAAUGUCGAGCCGCCGGAAAUCAACCACGCCUUGCAUGGUGCUGCCCUCUGAUGUGGUGGAGCAGGAAGAGGUGGAGGAUAAAACCGAAAGGACAAAGGAGGAAGAGGCAGAGGAAGAGGAGGGGAAGGUGAAGGAGGGAACCGAGGAUGGUCCAACUGCAGAGGAGCUGGAUCAGGCAGUAGUGGUUGUCCCCACCCCUCCAGAAACAGAUGAGCCCAGUAUCUCUGCUGUAGAAGACAGUGAAGUCCUUGGCCCCUCAUUGAAGCGCAGUGCCACGAACCCUCCUGAGGAUCUGGACAGCAACCAGCCGACCCAGGAACAACAGUGCGACACACCUGAGGAGGGAGGAGCAGACCCCGCCGCGGUUGCUGCCAUCUCUCUCAGCAAGACCCCCAUCAUGAGGAUGAAGACCAAAUCUGAGCCGAAGAGGAUCGCAGUGUCCCUGAAGUCAGCAGAUGAGGCGGUCGAGGGUUUCGGAGGGGGUGGCGAGGGAGACGUGGGAGGAGAGCAGGAACCCAUCGAGGCUCCUCUAGGGCCAAUGACGCCCGUGGAGAUGCUGCUGCACGACUCCAUGAAGCUCGGUGGAGGCGGCUUGCUGGUCAGCCCACCCUCAGAGCAGCAGAGGAAAUCAUCCAGUUUAAACCCCACAGUCCUGCCUGCUGGCCUGGCACAGGUGCUUUCUGCUUUCCAGGCCCAGCACACUGCAGCAGCAGCAGCAGCUCAGCCUCAGCUCCUGAUUCCCCUCAGCAGCAUCCCAUCUUACAGUGCAGCUAUGGACACCAACCCCCUGCUGGGCAGCACAUACAAGAAGUUUCCUUACCCGUCUAUGGCUGAGAUCAGCAGCCUGGCAGCACAGACACAGUUCACAGAGGAACAGAUCAAGGUGUGGUUCUCAGCCCAGCGACUGAAGCAUGGUGUGAGCUGGACUCCAGAGGAGGUGGAGGAGGCCAGAAGAAAACAGUUCAAUGGCACGGUGCACACCGUCCCUCAAACCAUCACUGUCAUACCUGCUCACCAACUCUCAGCCGCUGCCAACGGCCUGCAGUCCAUUCUUCAGACGUGCCAGAUAGUGGGCCAGCCUGGCCUGGUGUUCACACAGGUUGGCCCGGGAGGGAACCUUCCAGUGACCAGUCCCAUCACUCUGACAGUGGCAGGGCUGCCCAGCCAGUCUCAGAGCUCCAGCAGAGUUCCCUGCCAGCCCACCCCAACAAACAGUGAGCUCAAACGAGCCACCACUGUCCAGCCUCCCUCUCUUUCUCCACAGGAGAAUUCGGCCCUCAGUGCUGAUACAUUCAGUUUGCGGCCUAAGAAGUCCAAAGAGCAGCUGGCCGAGCUGAAAGCCAGCUACCUGAAAAACCAUUUUGUCACUGAUGCAGAAAUCGCACGGCUAAUGAAGCUCACCAACCUGACAAAGGGAGAGAUCAAGAAGUGGUUCAGUGACACCAGGUACAACCAGCGCAAUUCUAAGAACAGCCAUGUCAUUGUUUUCCAUGACGGAGGUGGAAGAGGAGGCUGCAGUAGCAGUGCUACCACCACCAUUGUUAUUGACUCAAGCGAUGAGACUCCCACAUCUCCCCUUCCUCCACGCACUCCUCCUGUGAAGGAGAAGGAGACGCGGCCCAAAACAUGGAAUCCAUUCCCAGAUUUCACCUUGCAAAAGUUUAAAGAGAAGACUCCAGAGCAGCUGGUGGUGCUGGAGGAAAGUUUUGAAAAGAGCAACACCCCAUCAGAUGAAGAGCUGAGCCGUCUGAGGACAGAGACUAAACUGACGAGGAGGGAAAUUGAUGCGUGGUUCACUGAGAGACGAAAAAUGCCACCUGUCAGCACGUCAUCCCCAGAUUCUUCAGAGGGAGGAAAGAUGGAGACAGAUGGAGCAAAAGCAGGAGAAGGAGGAGCAGGAGCCAGCUCUUCUUCUUCUCCUCCUGCCUCUUCGUCUCGUAAAGGUAGUCAGACCCCGCCCGGUGGACGCAGUAAGCAGCUGCCCACCAGCAACAAAGACAUGAAAGAUAAGAGUAAAAAGACCCCGGAGCAGCUCCAUAUUCUGAAAAGUGCCUUUGUGCGGACCCAGUGGCCCACACCAGAAGAGUAUGACCAGCUGGCAGAAGAGAGCGGCCUUCCUCGGUCCUACAUCGUCAGCUGGUUCGGGGACUCUCGGUACUCAUGGAAAAACAGUAACCUCAAGUGGUUCUUCCAGUAUCAGAGUGGCAAUGUCGAAGGGCCAUCUGGUGGAGGAGGCCAUAAGAUGGGAAGCGGCAGCAUCGGUCGAAAAAGACGUGGCCGAAAUCGUGGUUGGGGGCGGUCUCGAACCAGAAAACAGCCAAGAAGGUCUGCCUCAUACAGUGCAGACGUUAAUAGAUCUCCCCUGUCGAAGAAAUUCAAGACUGGGAGGGAGAUUCUGAAGGAGUACUACCUGAAGCACCAUUUUCUCAAUGAGCAAGACCUGGAUGAGCUUGUCACCAAAACCAACAUGAGCUAUGAACAGGUGAGGGAGUGGUUUGCCGAAGUCCAGCGCCGCUUGGAAGCAGGGUCAGAUCCUUUCCAGGAGUCCACCGUGGGAAGGAUGGACGGAGACGAAGGAGGAGGGGAGGAGGGAGCGGAGACGCAGGGAGAGGCCUCGACAGCCACGGGGGAGCGGAGUGUCGCAGGGGCGGAAGAUGAGGAAGAAGAUGAAGAAGAUGAGGACGAUGGCGGUGAUGACACGGACGACAGUGAGGUUUGGGAGCCGUCACGUAGCGUCAGGAAGUCCUUGUCCGUUUCUGAAGACUGAUGAUUGUGGGAAACAGUACAGAAUGUUACAAAUGACAUACUGGUAUGAUCAAUGCUGGAAGACUGUCAGCUAAACCAAGUCUUUUUGCCACUGAUUUGCAUGCAUACUCAUUUGCAACUUUAAUUCACUGUUAUUUCCAAACUAUAUCUGAAUCACAGCUACAUGAGACUAACGGAUGGACAAUUAGCUUUAGCCCACUCUCUCAGUACAUAUUUACUGUAUGUAAUGUGAAGCAGCUUAGACAUGAUGGUAAAGAAGAGUUCAGUGCAAGACUCGCAAAUCUCUAGUGGCACACCAAACAUUGAUGAAGCUUAAAAAGCAGCAGUUACACAAUAUUUUGUCGAAAGGAAAUACCACGAGGUACAAUCUUUAAGCUGAGCUGAAGAUGAAAACUUCAUCCAAAAACGGCGGUGUUUCUUGACACAUCCAUACAUCCUGCUUGAGAAGCAAUUAAUGAACACUGGCUGUUGUAAAUGAGAGGUUUUCAGAGGAAUUGACCGUUUUUAAUGUCCACCAGGCCCAUUGUUAAAUUUGCACUCCUUGCUUGCUAAAAUGAUGAUUUAUUUAAACAUUUAUGCUGCAUUUCCGUGGGAUGGCGUGUUGUUAUAAGCACAGGCCUAAUUUCCAGUGUUAUGAAUGUUUCACACCUGGUCCCAAACUAACAGCGCACACAGAAAAGAAAAGGAAAAGAAAAAAAAAAGGACUUAUCUGUUGUGUUUACAAAGGUGCUUUAAAAUGUUUCACAGCUAGAUGUCACUCCUGAGCGAUGUCCCCAAUGAAACUAGAUUACAUCUGUGUGUGGAACUGUUUGAUUUUUACAUGUUACAGUAUGUUUUUUUGAUUUUUUUUCGUGAAGAUCAAAACAAGGACCAGAUACGAAUCAGCUGGUUGUUUGUGCUGACCUGGGUUGAUAAUGACACUGAAAGUCAGGCGUUUUAUCUCAAUAUGAGUCUGAGUACCUUAAUGCUGAAUGAAUGCCAUGAUGCUUUUAAAACAUAGGAUGUCUACUCAAGUCUUCCCUUUAUAGUGGCUUGUUGUUUCAUGAGUAUUAUUAAUAUUAUAGCUUUCUAAAUGAACACCUACAAAUCUGAUGGAAAGAUGCCACAGUAUGUGUUUAAUAUGCACUGCUAUUAACCUUUUUAAACCAACUUUUCAUGUUUUGAUAGACACAUCAUGUUAUGUAUAUCCUUUUAUGACCUUUUUCAAGUUUUUUUUGUUUUUGUUAUGUAGAUCCAGAAUAGUGUGACGCUGUUGUCCCAAAGUUGAAUGUGUUGUCUCCUUAACAGUGGGCUACAUUCUGAGGCCAUGACACUGUUUGUGAGCAAAGUAACGGCCACUGUGAGGCAGACAUCUGGGUCCACUCAAAUGAUAAUAGUAACAGAACAAAUUAGCCGCGGCGUUUCACGUAGAAUUUUACUGGAGGUUGAUUUCCGAUGGGUUGAGGGGAUGGACGGAAUUGUAGGAUGCAGCAUUGCAGAGUGUUUUCAAAACCAUGUAAACAUACGUGCCAGCUGCAGCUCCUGUAUAAAUUUAGUGCAAGUCAAUCCACAAGUUAUCACCUUGUCAAGGCUACAAUCACCACCAAACCACAAACACCUUGCCUUUUAGCUUUGGGCUCACCUGCUUGGGUCAAAAACGAGGCCUGUGAAUCAUUUUGAGUCUUGUCCCGUACUUUAAAGAAAGACUGUUAAACAGCAUUUCAAAUAAUAAUUUGACUCCAGUCUGCACUGAAGAGAGAAACGUGAAGCACCUAAACUUUUUUUUUUUAAAUGCACUUUGUCCACCUGUAUACGCUGUGGACUAAAUCCUGAUUAGGCACCUUAAUCUCUUAUUAUACCAUAAAAUGGCUCUGAGAGACCAAAUCUGUUUUGUACGACUACAAACUGAACCAGUGUUUUGCCUUUUUAAUCCUUGUGUUGUCAGGAGGAGGAAUCAGUUUAUCAUGUUUUUAAAAAUAAUUUGUAUUGUUUCAUAGAUGUUAUAAGGCUCAGAAAACUAGAAAGAACAAUCACCCACCGCUUUCUUUUGCUAGAUUGCACAAUUUGAGCCCCGAUGAUAAUCUUUUCUCCUUUUAAAAAGGCACACGUAUUAUCUUUGUUUUGUACUGUCGCUCCGCUCCGACACACCCCUGUACGACUCUUGACCCCUAUCCUCCAGUUCACGUUUGUAAAAUGAAUGCCUGGACUUUUGAUGUGCACUUCCCAAGACAUGUUUCUGUAAACAUUAACUGUGUCCUGUUAGCUCUCUGUUUCAUGAAAUUGUCUACAAAACAGGAAGACAGACCAACAGGGCUGUGGGGACAUCUUCACCGGACUGAAAUGGUUCAGAUGAUUGAAACAGACUUUCUUGAAACAUUGACCUGCUCUGGUGGAGGGGAUCGUUGUGAUGCCUGACGAAACAGCACAGCACUCCCUCUUCGGUGGGAAGUUACCAAAUAAACACUCCUCUUUGGAACUGUUUUCCUCACACUUCACCGCAGUAAAUUGACAGGACAACAGACUAAAAACUGUGUCAACAACAGUUCUUCACAAAUAGGGGGAGAGACUCUGAUGAAGCUUUGCAGAUAAACCUAUGUGCCUCCAUGGGUCGUUCGCUUGUUUGAACAGAAUUGCACCAACUCUCAGCAGAAGAUGAUGAGGGGGAUUUUGUUGAUGCUUUGGAAAUCACAUACUGUGGGUGAUUCCUAAGCGAAGCUUGUUCAAACUAAGUUGUGAUGCAUGACCGAGCUCUGCUUUCUGCUGACGCUAAAAGAUGCCUAGAUACUC